CCACGUCACACGUUUUAUAUCGUUAGCUCCGGUACACUGAGAGGACCCGAGGGAUCAACACGAGAUUGAAAACAGAACAUUUUCUUUUCAUACGUGUUGAUAAUUGAUAGCAGGGGGCUACUAUUUACCGAUAUACACCGAACUGCAGCGAUGAAGUCCAAGAAGAAGAAGAGACAGGAUGACUUCCAGAAGGUCAAGUUAAAGGUGGGGAAGACGAAGCCCAAAGCUGAUAAUGCCACCAACACCAACUUCCGCUCAAAGGGAAUUAAUAUAACCGAACAGCUGAAGAGAGACACAAGUGGCCCCACCACGCACAGACACCUUGGUAUCAAUGACCUCCUGUCUCAGCUCCACCAUUACAGUGCCAAUAUAAAACACAGUGCCUUGUUGGGUUUGAAAGAGUUGCUGUCGCUCAAUCCGUCUCUGUUGGAGCAGCAUCUGUCUCGCCUGCUUUCUGAAGUGGCAGCUGUUUUCACAGACAAGGAUGGCAACGUUCGUGUGGCAGCUACUCGUGUGCUCAGGUUCAUUGCACAGUCUGUGCCUGCAGAACGAGUGGCUCCAUUUUACCCCGUCCUCAGUGCCCACCUAUCUUGCGCCAUGACCCACAUCGAGGCAAGCAUUCAGGAGGACGCCAUGAAGAUCCUGGAUGUGUUGCUGGAACACUACGCUGCUCUGCUAGCAGCACGGCCUGCGGUACUCAUCACUAACUUCCUAGAGUUGAUCUCUCACAGACAAAGCAGUGGAGGAGCCAACAAGGCCCAGGAUGCUAAGGGAUGGACCUGGGCACUGUCAGUCAACCCUAGCAGGGCUGUGACUAGUCAGCAGUGGCGGCUCUCUGUGCUCCUCAGGCUUGGACGCUUUCUGCAGGCAGUAGUUGAGGAAAGACCGGUGGAGGAAAGUGAUAUUUUUAUCCCAACUGAAGGAGCAUUUGGCCCCAGUGGAGAGGGCAAGCUUACACCUCUGUAUCUCAACUGGGAAGAACUCACCUACAGCAAGGUUGGAGUGAAGGUGUAUGAGCAUUCUGGGGCCAAACCAACCCCCCAGUCCACCUUUAGACUCAGAGCGGAGGUGAACCAUGGACCCACGGUGAGUGAGGAUCUGGACUCAGCUGAGGCUGUUCAGAGCUUUGCAGCCACAAUGGUGCCUCUUCUGCUUGAAGUGUGGGUAGAAGCCAGCACCAGUGACUGUCCCUGGAACUCCACUGAGGGCGCUCACCUGCUCGGCCUAGAUGCCAUGUCGGUAAUGUUCCAGGUUUUGUCUAUUCUGCAAAUGGUGAGAAAACUGGCACCGCGGAGGGAGCACCAGGAGGCACUGGAUGCAUGGUUCUACAAAGAAUACCUCCGAGAUUUCAAGCAGCACUUCAUGAAAAACUUUCCCUAUGGUUCUCGGGACACACCAAAACAUAGAAAGAAGGUGGAUCUCAAAAGGAGUAAGCAGACUGCAGCCGUCCCAGGAUUGACAGUGGAGCCUCUGGCCCUAAACAUCACACUGUGCCAAGUCAUGGUGUCCCUCAGCCAGAGGCAAGGACUCGGCCGAGAGACGGAUGGAGACUGGCUGACACCUCUCAGGACGUUUGUCCGAGACACUCUGGGCAGCGGAGUGAAACUGAGCUACAGGCAGCUCCACAUGCUGCUGGGUACUGUGUGGAAGAUGGUGUUCACACAGAGAAGCACAACAGUGACAGAGGAUCUGUUGGCAGCGGUGUAUGUCUACUAUAAGCAGAGACACCUGACUCUACAGACACGAUCGCUGCUGCUGUCGUUUUACAGCAAGCUCUACCUGCAGGAGCAAGGAAAUACACACAUAGCGAGGAGUAAGGUGCUGUGUCGUUGGUUGGCAUCUCUUCCUGUGCAGUUGUCCCAGCUGGGCCAGCGUAACCCAGCUCUCUCUGCACGACUCAUCCUCUCAAUCCAGGCUGCCGCCUCUCGAAAACACAAAGACCUGCUCAACAGUCUGCAAACACACGCCUGCAUGCUCUAUGAUCCACAGGAAGGAGUUAUGGUGCUUUUACCAGUAGAGUCCCAGCAACGAAUGGUGCAACUGCUCUACUUUCUGCCCAAGAUGUCCCCGUCUCUCCUGGCCAACCUGAGCCACUGCUGCACCGCUGGACGAAUCUCUGCCGGCCUCACUGCCUCUCUGAUUCGUAUCGUACACCUUCGGUCAUCUUUGAGCGGCUGGUCGGUUGGGAGCCAGGAAGCGGCUCUGCAGGACGUGGACUACAUCAGCUUCUUGUUUUCCACCCUGACGGGAUUCUCGUCGGACAAGCUGGCCUCCCUGCAGGAGGCCGGCGACGCCCUUCCUCCCUCCCCUCUCUCACCUCUCAGCCUCUACCCCACGCCGCUGGAGCAGUUCACACACCACUGGGAUGUUGUCGAGGAAGUCUGCCACUGUCUGGAAACUCUGGGUUCAAAGUCUCAGUGCUUUGACAUCCUACAAAAUGGCAUUUGCAAAUACCUGACCAAGUUAGCGGUGGUGCCUGACAGUAUGGCGGCCGGGCUGCUCAGAGCUGUCUCCAGAUUACUGGACCUGUCCGUCCUGCCCAUCGAGCCCAUGCUGCGCUUCCUGUCUCAGUGCUGCCUCAGCCUGCUGGCUCUGCUCAUCACCCUGGAGCAGGAGGUACCGGCCGAAACCAACCACAAGAGGGAGGCAAUAUGGGGUGCCUGUGUGUCGGCGUUGAGCUCUGUUCCUCGCCUGCUUCGAAUGGUUCUGCAGUCAAUGCGCGUUGGAGAUCUGAGUGGAGAGGAGCGGCCACAGCUGGGACAGAUCCUGUCGCUGCUGCUGCAGCACACGCCGAUCCAGAACCAGCUGCUGGCCAACUCCGCUCUGCUGCAGGAGAUCAUACAACAGCUCACGAGGUAUUCCCGGGGAGCGACCAGGGAGCAAUGGCUGACGGACCUGCUCUACUGUUAUACCGUCUCCGUGGCUCACGGCUCCUCCGCUCGCCGUGGAAACCUGGGCCUUCGAGACAUUUACUGACCGCCACCUGGUGUGUUUCCCAGUUCACCCUCUCAAACAUCUCACAGUGACUCUGACAAACAAAACACUCACACAGCACAAAAGCGACGACGUACGUACGACGCAACUCUCAGACAGGAAUACAGUCGAUUGACAUGUUUGUUUAUUACGAGUGACAAUGAAUUCUUAACAUUCUUGUUUUAGCAGCUCUGGUUCUUUUAGUGUCUUGAGCUGCUUUAUUGCAUCAUUCUUAGCCUGGUAAUCGUUUGUCCUUCUUUUGCCUUUUCGGGGGAAAGUUGCAGAAUGUUGUCCAGUGUACCUGGCCGCUUUUUGAUACAAAAAAAACGAAAAGGGUUGGAAAAAAAGCGAUAAUAAACUUAAAUCCAAGUG